AUGAGCAUUGAAAUUGCCGACAUACACAGUCUUGGUGUCAGCGCUGACUUCAACGAAUCAGUCAACUCUGGCAGCCCAGUGUCUAUCACUAUCCCCGAAGGUCAGAGUGGAGCACUCGGGUUCACAGCGACAUUGUCGUGCAGCACUGGAAUGGGCCAUUGCGAUAGUGGUGAGAUGAAGGGCGAAGUUUGCUGGCCUACGAUGAAUGGAGACGAUGUGGCGGGAACGUACAGCGUUAUUGUUGAAUCUUAG